GUUCGAGCGAAAAACAGCAAAGUUUCAACUUCCCAAGUGCCAGCAGUCUCGAGAAAGCUUUCAUUCUGUUAACAGCAUCGAUCAAUCCCAAUCGAUAUCGCGUCGACGUGUAUAUUUCGUUGCAAUACGUGAGACCUUUUCCACCGACACUUUUCAUCGAAAAUCCAAUUAUUUUGAUGAAUUUGAGAGAGCGACGUAACACCAGGACCAUUCACUGGUUGGAUAUUCGUUUUUAUUGAUUGUUCGCAACGUUCCAGGACUCAGAUCAAGUUUUCCAAAGCGAGUCAAGAUGAGCACAGAUGGACUUUCAUCUCCGUCUCUUCCUCAAAUUUUGAAAAAAAUGGUAGAAACCAUAACGAGUUGUGGGGUCCUUUUGAUGGAAGCCACAGCACAAUUGUCAGUGGGCCAGGCGAUAUUUCGCCUCGUUGAUCGUUUCUUGUGGGUCAUGGAAAAAUCGUUCCAAUGGAGCUUGCCAUCUCACGAAUUGAUAGCAGAGGAGAAUGGAAAAACCUUCGGCAAAUUAGAAUUAGUGAGACCUUUGCCUUGGAUAUUCUUUUUAGUGGUAUUGAUAAAUCUUCGUAUAUUCAGAAUGGGAUUGAAUAUUGGAUCAUUAAUCCUCGGUUAUCCUAGAAUCGAACCUGCUGAAAUGGUGAGAUUUCUGCAGAAAAUUCGUAGGAGGCUGAGGGCGAUAAAGUCAAAUGGCCUGAAAAAUAUAAGGCUGCAGACAAGCUGCUCGAAGGAUAAUGAUCAAAAUAUGAACCAUGCUAAAUGGAGAUCAUCACAAUUGAUAAGAACAAUCCAGAUGACCCUGUCCAGCCUAUCCUGUUUGGAUAGCUCCAAAUUAAGCCCUUCGCCACCUCCCACGAAGAUUAAAGUUCACAUUAACAACGAAUUUCCAUCAACGCUCGAAGAACAAUCAACAACGGAAUCAACAACGAUAAACGAAGACCCGAAACGGAAAUAUUCGGAAUUAAGCUCGGAUUAUGAAUCCUCCGACGAUUCCGAGGACGAGGAAACUAUUCAGACCAAAAUCGAUCGUCUUGCUAUCAAUGACAGUACGAACGACGAAGAUUUUAACUGCGCUGAUCUGUCGAGUCUUGAGGACGAUGAGAUCGUGAGCUCUUCGAAUGAGAGUGAGAUUUCCGAGACUGAAAUCGAGGACCUUCGUAACGAGGCUAAUCUGAUCUUACAACGUACGAUCCGAAAGGUCACAGAGGUCGAGACAGAAGAGACGGAGGUAAAGGAACGAAUUGAGCCGAUAAAGAACACGGGCGAGGACGAAAAGUUGGUUUAUUCGAACGCAGCUUACACUACCGGAAGCUACGACGAUUUUUGUUCCCCCUCGAAACUCGGCGAGGAGGCUGAAAGCGCAUUUUAUUCACCGAUCGGUUCGACAAGCCCAAGUCCGGACCGCAUGGUUUCCAAUGUUAAACAAGAACAACACGGUCGACCUGUAAAAAAAUCUCAAACAGAAAACUCCUGCCAAAAUGGCGAAAAGCAUUUGAAAAGUGGAUCCGCGAAUUCCGGAACAGUAGACAAAAGAACGAACGGUCACGUCGAUGAAAAAGUGCUGAGUGCCCCGACCCACGUUUCGUCUAAACAUGUCAAAUCUUAUCACCGAGGAAGACGCGCGAAUAAUGGAUCCCGCAAGAAAAAAUGAUGGGGAAACCAGAAACGAGCACUGGACAACUUCCAUUUAUUGUUGUAUCACAUCAACUGUGGAAAGAGAACGAAAAACUUCGUGCAAAAAUAAUGCCCAUGUAAAAAGGAAGGAAAUGCAGAAAGAUUCUUGUGGGACGUCCUUAAACGUCUCAUGGUUAUUCACCAUCCUGUAAUUUCGUUUAUUGUUUAUAUUAUUUACACACAUUAAUGUUUCGUCCACCAUCAUAUCAAUCGUCGCAUCCGAAGAGUCGAAAAAAGCAAGCAUACUUUAUUGAUUAUUUAUAAUUCUUUGUGUGUCGCGUUCAUACAUUUGUUACUUCCCAUGAUUCCUGUCUGCACACUCCUAGAUGUAUCUUCUUUUAUGUUAAUAAAUUAUUAUUCGAUCGAA